UCAUUUUACCAGCGACAAACGUCAAACAGCUGAGCGAGGUGACUGACUGCUUGUUGUGUGGCUUGUGCUCUUGUAUUCUUUUAAUCAGUAUUUCAGGACAUUUUUUUGUGAAAUAGUGUCCGCAACAAUUAUUGCUCAGUGUAUUUUAAGUUAAAUCCAACAUGAGUGAAUUAAGUCAAGCGGAGAUAAGAAGACGGCGCUUGGCGAGACUGGGUGCCCUGAGUGGCGCUGGCACGAGCCCGUCGCCCGCGAGCCCUCCAGUCACCCCCGGGGCCUCCGUGCCCUCUCCCGACAACAACCCAUCGCAACCACCUCUGUCCCGCCUCUCGCCUGCGCCAACCCCUCGUAGCUCUACAGAACCGACCACACCAGAUGCCACCAACACAAAUCAGGAGUCAAAUUUCUCAGAUGGAGUCAGUAAAUGUGAAUCAGACCAAACAAAAAUACCAGCAGAUGGCUUAAUUGUGACUGAAAAACCUGACAAUAAUUUGCUAGAUGAAAUGCCUGACACAAAGAUGACAGAUUUGUCUCAAACCAGACAGUAUAACAGCUUUGACUCAAUGGGUGAUGACACAUUGUUGAGUUGUGGGUCAGUGCGAGUGGGUAGUUUGCCACAGUCCACAGUUGGUGGUUCAGAGGGUACAUCCACCCGAGAGGAAAGCACAUCAAGGUCAAUAUCACCAGCACAGUUUGCAGAACCUUCACCUGUAAGACCUAGACCCAAUGUGUCACCUAGUUGCUCACGGCGCUCACUUUCCAUGGAAGUUGAUGAUUCAUCAGAGAAAAAUUCACAAAAUGAGCAGCAACAAGAGGCAAUGGAGGAUGUGGAAACCAACAAUGCACGGCUCUGCAUUUUACCCACAACUUUGCACUACAUUUUGGCACAGGCCAGGCAGAAGAGAUGUAAGGUGGAAGAUGACUCAUCAGAAUCUCCAGCCCGAAAGAUUUAUAGAUCACGGACAGUCAGCUGCACAGAGAUGACAGAGGAGCAACUGCGGCAUGUUGUAGCAAAGAUUCUGCAGGUCUCCUGGUCAGCUGACAUUGCAGGAAUGUAUGUGCCAUCAGUUGCAGCAGCUUUACUGGACAAUCCUAAACUAAGUUUACACGAAAUAUCAUCCCACGCCAUAAUGGAUAUCUUAUCUCAAAUAGCGGAUGAGAGUGAUCCCUUGAAUCAGAAACUCAUCGCAGUUUCAGAGACCUCAAAGCGAUUCGGUGAAGACUGCGGUGAUGACACUUUGACUACUGGUCCAUUAGGAUCCGAGAACGAUACGGAUAAGGGCGAAUGCCCCACGCCCUCGCUUCCCAUCCCUAAAACCAUCCCCACACAGGGACUAGCAGUUAGUUACCUAUUAAGAUUUUACAAUAAUAUUAACUUGUAUGAAAGAGAACAUCCAAAGAAAAGUUCGGAGCCGCCUUUGAGCGACCAUUUGCAGAGUUUGAGAACUUUAAUUGUAAAUUAUUUGGUGCUAGUGCUACAAGGAGGCUUAAAUUUAGAGAAGUGCAGGAAAUCUCCGCUUCUUCCAUACAUUCUCAUCGGGAACUCGCCGACUGGCCUCAUUCCAGAGUUGCUUAUCGCUACUUACAUGGAUAAGGAGGUGUUCGAAGAGGUGUUCAUCCCACUGCUGAUGGGCAUCCGCGAGGAGAUGCGGCGCUGCGUGUCGCCGCUGGCGGGACGCGGGCACGGCGCGGCGCUGCGCGCGCUGCGAGCGCUGUGCGAGCUGCGCGCGGGCCCGCGUCACGCGCGGCGGCCUGUGUGCGAGCUCGUGGCGCGCCUGCCCAGUCUGUGUCCCGACGCCAUCACCACGGCGCCCGGCAGGGAGAUCGCCAGAGUUAGCUUCCUUGGGCCUUUCUUUGCGAUAUCUCUAUUCGCGGAGGAGAACCCGCGUCUAGCGGAGCGACUUUUCGCAACGGGUUCCGGCGACCGCAGCCUCGCGUUCGCGUUGCAGCGUGAAGUGGAGGCGAGCCGCAACACGUUGCACAACAUCUGCCACAACAUCCUCCUGUGCCCUGACGCGAGGGAACCCUUCCUCAAUUACUUCGCUUCGCUACUGCAGAGGAAUGAGAGAAGAGCCCAGUUGCAGACCGACGAAAGGUCACUGGCUGGUGACGGGUUCAUGCUGAACGUUUGUUCGGUGCUGCAACUCCUCUCCGUGCGGAUCAAAAUGGAGCGAGUGUACCCGCUGUACACCUUCCAGCCUGAUUCGUGGGCCAACGUGCGCGAUGAGACGCGGCUGUACUUCACGGCGCAGGAGGCGCAGCAAUGGCGGGAAUCUCUCAACAACGACCCUGAAUACAAAUGGCCCGAAGCAAAGUUCCAAACCGUGUGUUGGUUCCUGACUCUCCACAUGCAUCACGUGGCUCUUAUCCCCGCCCUGCACACACACCAGAGGCGUAUUCGAGCCUUCCGUGACCUUCAGAAGGUGAUAGAGGAGUUGGUCGCAGCAGAGCCGCAGUGGCGCAACAGUUUCUCAGCGUUGCGCAACCGCGAACUGUUGCGGAGGUGGCGGAGGCAAAUUAAGAGGCUACACAGAUCGAAGCAGUGCGCGGAGACGGCGCUGCUGGACGGAGAGCUGAUGCGUCGCAGCCUGCAGUUCUACUCGAGCGCAUGCGCCGUGCUCAGCAAGCUGCUGGGCGCGGCGCUGGCGGAGCGCGGCGUGCGCGCCGCCGCCUUCCGCGCGCUGCCCGAGUGGUACGUCGAGGACAUCGCUGAGUUCAUGCUGUUCGCGGUGCAAUACGUGCCACAAAUCGUGGCGGACUACAUCGAAGAUCCGAUCAUCACGUGGCUCUUGAGCGCCAUCUGCAGUUCACAUCUCAUCAAAAAUCCGUACCUUGUUGCCAAAAUCGUAGAGGUCUUAUUCGUGAUCAAUCUGUCUGUUCCCUUGAAACUCAAGAACGUUUACGAGAAGUUCAUGGACCAUCCGCUGUCCCAGACCGCUCUGCCGAGCGCUCUGAUGAAGUUCUACACAGACAUCGAGACCACGGGACAAAGUACGGAGUUCUACGACAAAUUCACCAUCCGAUUCCAUAUCAGCAUCAUUCUGAAGGGCAUGUGGGAGCGGCCCAUACACAAACAGGCCAUAGUGAAGGAGUCCCGCUCGGGCCGGCAGUUCGUCAAGUUCAUCAACAUGCUCAUGAACGACACCACAUUCCUGCUCGACGAGUGUCUCACGUACCUGAAGCGCAUCCACGAGGCGCAGGAGGCCGGCGCCGGCGCAGCCGAGGCGCGCGCGCGUGCGCUGGCGCAGGACGAGCGACAGUGCCGCUCAUAUCUCACGCUCGCCAGAGAAACAGUGGACAUGCUGGAGUACCUGACGGUGGAGAUCAAGGAGCCGUUCCUGCGCGCGGAGCUGGUGGACAGACUCGCGUCCAUGCUCAACUUCAACCUGCAGCAGCUGUGCGGGCCCAAGUGCAACAACCUUAAGGUCCGUCGUCCUGAGAAGUAUGGUUGGGAGCCGCGUCGCCUGCUGUCUCAGUUGGUGGACAUCUACCUGCACCUGGAUUCUCCCGUGUUCCACGCCGCGCUGGCUGCUGACGAGAGAUCAUUCCGGAAAGAGUUGUUCGAGGAGGCGGCGCUGCGGCUGGCGAAGGCCUGCAUCAAGACUCCCUCCGAGAUCGAGCGCUUCAAGGCGCUCGCCGACCGCGCCUCGCAGAUCGCCGUGUCGAACCAGCACCUGAGCGACGAGUUCGCGGACGCGCCCGAGGAGUUCCGCGACCCGCUCAUGGACACGCUCAUGACCGACCCCGUGCUGUUGCCCUCCGGAAAGGUGAUGGACCGGUCGGUGAUCCUGCGCCACUUGCUGAACAGCAAUACCGACCCCUUCAACCGCCAGCCGCUCUCCGAGGACCAGCUGCGACCAGCCACAGAACUCAAAGAAAAGAUCAGUCAAUGGCAACGUGAGAAGAAAGCUUCAACGUCGUCGUAAGCAUCCUAAGCCAACAAUGAAGUCUGAUGUAUAUAAUGUAAUGCAUAUAGAGGACUACCUGGAUAUUUCCAGUGUCCGGACUAUUGUCCACCGAGUGUGAGAUGAGACGCGCAUGGAACCGAGUGCAAUACCGCACGGCUAUAUUGUCUAUACUAUACGACAUGGUGAUCCUAUCUGACGUUUAUGCGCGAAUUUCAACUUAUUCAAAUCUCUACUGAAUUAAAAUUUCUCUAUUUAUCAAUAUAAAUUCUCGAUAUUAAAACCCCUUUCACAAAAUCCGAUGUUAAAUAGGAAUACUAAUAUAUUUUCGCAUUCGCGCAUAGAUGCUAUCAACUUGUAGCUUUAAAACAAGUGAAAUAUUUUCACGCAUCUCUUAUCUUGUAGUUUUAAACUUUACCCGUGUAUUGUACAAUAUUUGGCAGCAUUUUAAAAUAUUUAUAAUGAAAUUGAAGUAUUAAAUUGUUAUAUUAUUUAUAAUUUAACAUCACACGUUAAGGCCUAAAUCUAAAGAACCAUAAAGUCCGGUCCGGUGCUCGCUAACGUUGACCCCAAACCGUUUUGAAUAAGAAAUGUCGCUCACUAAAACAUAAUCAUAUUGAGAAUGCGAGCCAAUUAUAUUAUUGCAUUUGGUAAGAAAGCUCCACUACACCGAAAGUCAUUUCUACUUUAGAUUAAUUAGUCCAACAUUAGUAUAACUAAUGAUAUAAUUACACGCAAUUAUAUAACAUUAGGUAUUGUAUGGAAUGUUGAAGACUUUUUAUUUUUGUGCAAAAUGAAUUUAUUUUAUGGAUUUGAAUACAUAGAUUUGCAUAUAGUGAUAUUAUGUUUAGUUUUCGUUAGCUGACAUGAUUAUAUUAUUUUGUGUCUUGAUUGUGUCAAUGUGAUUUUGUUCCUUUUAGAUAACAGAUAUCAAUGUAUUGAAAUGGAUGUUCACUUGGAUUAGCAAUUAGUGCUCAUUAUCAUUACAUUCACUUACACUAUAUAAUAAUAUGUUUAGCAUAUACCUAAUGAAAUAUUCACAUGUAUAGUAGUGUUAUACAGAUCAUUCAAUAUUUAAAUUUCCUCUGUCACUGCCAGUAUAUCUGCGUAAUGGUUUAGAUCAGGCAUUCCUAAUGUAAGUCCAUUUCCUUUAAAUUACUUGGUCUCAUUGUAUAAUAAUUUGACUUGUAUCUUUAUAUUAUGAAGAUUAUAUGCUAGAGGUCUCUUAUGUUGAUAUGUCAAUAAAAUAUAAUAAUUGUGA